UAAUUCUGAUUACUGUUUAGCGGUAGUUAUCGUCCCUGAUUCACCUCUACAUGGAGAGUGGUAUUCCUCCAUCUGGUCGUCCUUGUAUGAAGGUUGACCCCAACAAGAUGUUCUCCCGUUGUUUCUUCCCUCGUCAUUUACAACAGGUCACUUUACAGAUUAGAACGCUGUCUCUUACUUCUUCACAGACAUUUUGUAAACGUUCAGAAGAGUUGCGUGCAUUUAACAACACAACAACUGUUUAUUCUUGUUCUUCGCACCAAACACAAAUCUCCGUUCAACGAACCACAAACUGUCAGCACAGACUUUCUGUUCGAUCUCUGCACACAACUCCACCAUGUUCCGAUCUCAUGGAAUUCUUUGAUGACAAAAAGAACUGGGGAAAAGAAACCAUCUUAACUGGACGUCCAUGGCAUCUGGCAGAGUUGAGACUGAAAAGCAAUGAAGACUUGCAUAAAUUAUGGUACAUCUUAUUGAAGGAACGUAACAUGUUGAUGACAAUGGAAGCUGAAUACAUCCGGCGAGCUGAAUUAUUCCCAAACCCAGAACGAUUGUUUAAAGUUGAUGAAAGCAUGCAGAACAUCCUAGAAAUAGUGGCAGAAAGAGACGAUGCUGUUAGCCUUUUGGAAACAGGGAAAUCCUGCAGACCGGAGUACAGAAUGGUACGCAACUUCUUGGGACUAAAAUACCGGCGCAAAAUCAAAGAGCAUGCCAUUCCACCUAGGAUGAAUCUGCGAUACCGCAUGCUGCACACCCCUUUCGUGAAAGGUUUGACUCCUUAUUUUGGAUUGUAUUUUGAAAAGCAGCGUAUGUUGGCAAAGAGACGCCAAAAGAGAAGACUUCAAUAUAACAAAAGGCUACAAAAAGCAUUCCCACAUUUGCAACUUGAGAUUGAAGAAAACAAACAGAGCAUUUGAUCACACUUGUAUAGACACUGUUGUUUAUACACCCAUCUGCAUACAUACACGAGGGUGUAGACUAUACGCAGUUAAAUAUUUACAAACUAUCAAUAAAAUUUUUUGACAUAAUGA